AAGUAUCAUCACUUCAAACUCUUCCUUUUCUAGCAAUAACAUAAUUCUUUCGAGAAUCCUCUUCUUUUAAAAUGGCUUUCAAUCGUGCUUCUUUCAUGUCCUUCCUUCUCAUAACAUUGGUAGCAGUUUCAUCUGCUGAUUACGGUACCUAUAGCCCUGCUCCCGCAUAUAAGACACCAUCUUAUUCUCCAGUGUAUAAGUCACCUGUUUAUACUCCAUCACCAGUAUACACUCCUUCUCCGGUGUAUAAGUCAUCGGUUUACACUCCUUCCCCGGUGUACAAGUCACCGGUUUACACUCCUUCUCCAGUGUAUAAGUCACCGGUUUACACUCCUUCCCCAGUGUACAAGUCACCAGUUUACACUCCUUCUCCGGUAUACAAGUCACCGGUUUACACUCCUUCCCCAGUGUACAAAUCACCUGUUUACACUCCUUCUCCGGUGCAUAAGUCACCGAUUUACACUCCUUCCCCUGUGUACAAGUCACCAGUUUACACUCCUUCCCCAGUUUACAAGUCACCCGUUUACACUCCUUCCCCAGUCUACAAGUCACCCGUUUACACUCCUUCCCCUGUCUACAAGUCACCAGUUUACACUCCAUCCCCCGUGUACAAGUCACCGGUUUACACUCCAUCCCCUGUGUACAAGUCACCAGUUUACACUCCUUCUCCGGUCUACAAGUCACCUAUGUACACUUCUUCCCCAGUUUACAAGUCACCCGUUUACACUCCUUCCCCAAUGUACAAAUCACCAGUUUACACUCCUUCUCCGGUGUAUAAGUCACCGGUUUACACUCCUUCCCCAGUUUACAAGUCACCCGUUUACACUCCUUCCCCUGUGUACAAGUCACCUCUUUACACUCCAUCCCCUGUGUACAAGUCACCAGUUUACACUCCUUCUCCAGUUUACAAGUCACCAGUUUACACUCCAUCUCCAGUGUACAAGUCACCCGUUUACACUCCUUCCCCAGUUUACAAGUCACCCGUUUACACUCCUUCCCCUGUGUACAAGUCACCGAUUUACACUCCAUCCCCUGUUUACAAGUCACCGGUUUACACUCCUUCUCCUGUGUACAAGUCACCGGUUUACACUCCUUUCCCAGUGUACAAAUCACCUGUAUACACUCCUUCUCCCGUGUACAAGUCACCAAUUUAUACUCCUUCCCCAGUGUAUAAGUCACCAGUAUACACUCCUUCCCCUGUGUACAAAUCACCUGUUUACACUCCAUCUCCCGUGUAUAAGUCACCGGUUUACACUCCUUCUCCGAUGUAUAAGUCACCAGUUUACACUCCAUCUCCAGUGUACAAGUCACCAGUUUAUACUCCAUCUCCAAUUUACAAAUCUCCAACAUAUACACCAAGUCCUUCAUAUGGGUAUUAAGCUAAAAAAUACAGUUAAAUGAAUAUUUUGAGUUGCUUAUCUUCAAAAUGUAUGUUCUUUGGAGAAGUUAAGUUGGGUGAUGCUGUUGUUUUAUAUUCUAUUGUAUUGCUUGAUAUUCAAAUUAAUAAAUAAUUCCCUCUUUGGACUA